AUGACUGAGUUUGACGAUUGCAGCCACAGUACAUCCAAUAUGUAUCUACCAGGGUGCGCUUAUUACGUUUCACCUUCAGAUUUCUCGACGAAGCCCUCUUUUUUGUCGCAAUCGUCUUCCUGUCAAAUGACUUUUCCUUAUUCUUCUAAUUUACCUCAUGUCCAACCUGUGCGAGAAGUGGCAUUCAGGGAAUACGGAUUAGAGCGCAGCAAAUGGCAGUAUAGGGGCAGUUAUGCUCCUUAUUACUCAGCUGAGGAGGUUAUGCAUCGAGACUUUCUCCAGCCUGCUAACAGGAGGACGGAAAUGUUAUUCAAAACGGAUCCUGUGUGCAGCCACCAUGGACCCUCCGCCGCUGCCUCCAACUUCUACAACACGGUGGGAAGGAACGGCAUUCUCCCGCAAGGAUUUGAUCAGUUUUAUGAGACAGCCCAUGGACCUCCAUACCAGCAGCAAGCAGAGAACGAGGGGGAAGCGGCCAAGAGUGACUUGAAACCUCAGAAUAGCACUUGUAGUAAAACACCUUCCAGCCAAGAGAAGAAAGUGACAACAGAAAACAGCGCCGGUUCCCCUUCUGGUGAGGCUGUUGCAGAGAAGAGCAACAGUUCAGUUCCCCAGCGAUCAAGGAAAAAGAGAUGUCCCUACACCAAAUAUCAAAUAAGAGAACUGGAACGUGAGUUUUUCUUCAACGUGUACAUAAACAAAGAAAAAAGACUGCAGUUGUCCAGAAUGCUGAACCUCACUGAUCGACAAGUUAAAAUCUGGUUCCAGAAUCGAAGGAUGAAAGAAAAGAAACUGAACAGAGAUCGACUCCAAUAUUUCACUGGAAACCCCUUGUUUUGAAAGAAAAGAAAAGAUCCCUAUCUAACCUGCCAUCUGAGUACACCAGGAGAUUGGUUUACAGGACACAUUCACCCUGCGGAACGCAAAGUUUCAUUUUCUUGUUCAACUCUGGUGCCUCCAAACAAUCAAUGUCCACUGGAGAUAUCGGGGGUUUGGCGGAACACGUUCCUUAUAAGGGGAAGCUAGAGUAAAUCCAAAAGUCCAUUCGCCAGGGUUUAUCGCCCAAG